AUGGCUUCAAGAGUUGAAAGUUCCUCCUCAGAUAACAGAGAAAAAAUUCAAAUUAUGCAUAAAAAAGUUGCAAAGAAUCACAAGUCUAGGACGGAUAUAAAAAAAGAAAGCUUAGCAUUAGUAUUAAAAUUAAGGCAAGCUUCAAUGGAAAGAAAAAAUGGAGUAAUUGAUAAUGAGACAAAAGUGACAAAAAGACUUGAAAAACCGGAAGAAAAAAACUUAAGAAUUUACAAAGCACUCUAUGCAACACCAUAUGAUGAUCCAAAUUUAAAAGAAAAAAGAUUAUCAUCAUUGUCAAAUCAGAGUGUGGCAGGAUCUAGUGAUUCAAAUAAAGAACCCAUAGAUUUUUUUAAAUCAAUUAUUCAAAGUAAUAAUCCAAAAAAUAAAAAAAUAAAUGAUAAUAAAGAAAAUAAUAGUGUAAAAAUUGAUACAUCAAAAAAAGAAAAAUCAAAAGGAACAGAUAGAUCUUUGGAAUCACCUUCUCUUCAUAGCAUUUCCAGCAAUUCAGUGACAAAAAAUAGUCAAACAAAAAAUAAAUUAAAAAAUGUUAAUUCUAUUUCAUCAGAGAAAAGAAGAAAGAAGUUUGCUUUACCACCUUCAAACAAUAAUUCCUCUUCGGCAAAGUUAAUUAUUUUAAAAGAAGAUAAACAAAAAAAUGUUAAUAAAUUAAUACCAAAGACAGUCCAUUCACUAACAUCUCAAAGUCUAACUUCUUCUCAAAAACAGUUACCAUCAAUUAAGAAUGAAUUUUCAAGUAAAUCUAAUAAUCUAAAAAAUGAUAUAUCUUCUGCUAAAAUGAUAUCACAACCGGAACAAUAUAUUGAUAGUGUUAUAAAAAAAUUAAAUGCCGAAAAAAGUAAUAAUAAUAUUACAUAUAUACGAUUUACUUGCAGAAAUGCUUUUACAAAAAAAAUUCAAUUUAAAUUUAUGCAUCGUCAAGAUGUUAAUUUAAAAGUAUUAAAAGCAAGACUUAAAGGGAAAUUUAACUUUUCUGGACAUUUAUUUUAUAAUGGAAAGGAGUUAAUUGGUGAUAAAAAAAUGUUAUCAGAAUUCUCAUUACCUCUAGAUUGUGAACUUGAUAUUGUUCCACAAAUUAUUUCUGGAGAUUACAGUCGUCAACAGUAUACACAAAUGAGUAGAAAAUUAGAUGAAAAGAAAGAAUUUGUAAAAAAUAUUAGACAAAUUAUUGGUGGAUUAGAUUGUUCCGAAAAAAUCGAUGUUACCACAAAAAAGACUAUAGCUAAUUUUGAAACAAUGAAUGAUGAACAAAGAAAAAAGUUUGAAAGUGAUAUGAAAGAAAAAAUAAAAAAAUUAAAAGAAAAAAGAGAUACAAAGCGUCGCACAAAAAAGUCAUAUUUUUCAACUCCUACAAUCAAUAGAGGAAAUGAAAAAAAUGAUAAACUUAGUAAUGUUUUGUCAUCUGAAAAGGCAACUAAUAAAUCUAAAAAAUGA